UCGUAAAUAAUGUAACAAAAGGGAUUUAAGAGUCUAUGGGCCAAAAGUAAAGCCCACAAACAGUAGCCGGGUAAGGCUUUACUUUGUUGAGAGAAAUCUUUCGAGUGACGCCGUCCGCCGCAAACCGCCGAAUUUGAUCAAAACCCCAAAUUCCAACCUAAAUUCUUAAAGUCUUAUUCAUCUUCUCCGACUAGGGUGGAAUACUCAUGGAAGACGCCCACCAAGAUAGCAAAUCACACCCAGAGCUUUCCCUUCUUCCCCAGAAACCUUCUGAGAACAUCAAUGGCGGAGGUAGCCAGAAGAGGGUUCCCAAACGAUUCGUCAAGAGCCAAAUCCCGGAUUCCAUCCUCAACGAUCCAGCCCUCAAUGCCGCCAUCGCUCUCUUACCCUCCAACUACAAUUUCGAGGUCCACAAGUCCGUGUGGCGCGUCCGCUCCACUAACGCCUCACGCGUGGCGCUCCAGCUCCCCGAAGGACUUCUAAUGUACUCGCUCGUUCUCUCCGACAUCAUCUCCACCUUCGGCGGCGCUUCGCACUGCUUAGUCCUCGGCGACGUGACCUACGGUGCUUGCUGUGUCGACGACUUAGCUGCCUCCGCCCUCGGCGCUGAACUCCUCAUCCACUACGGCCACAGCUGCCUGGUUCCCGUCCACGUUACCGCCGUGCCGUGCCUCUACGUCUUCGUCGACAUAACAAUUGACGUCGAUUGCUUAAUCGAGACCAUCGAUCUCAACCUCCGAUCCACCCCGAGCAUCGUCCUCGCAGGAACGAUCCAGUUCGCCUCUGCCAUCCGUUCCGCCAAGCCAGAGCUCGAACGCCGCGGAUUCACUGUCCAGAUUCCCCAAUCGAAACCCUUAUCCGCCGGGGAAGUUCUCGGCUGCACCGCCCCGAAGAUCUCACCUUCAAUGAGCGCAAACGACACCGUAAUCGUAUUCGUGGCCGAUGGGAGAUUCCAUCUGGAGGCGAUGAUGAUCGCGAAUCCGGGAGUGAGAACAUUCCGGUAUGAUCCGUACAUGAGGAAGCUGUUCUUGGAGGAGUACGACCAGAAGGGAAUGAGGGAGACAAGGAGAAAAGCUAUCACCAAAGCGAAGGAGGCGACGAAUUGGGGAAUGAUUCUGGGGACCUUGGGAAGGCAAGGGAACCCAAGAAUUCUCGAACAUUUGGAGAAGAAGAUGAAAGAGAAAGGGUUUUCUUACACCGUCGUGCUCAUGUCGGAGAUUAGUCCGGCGAGAAUAGGGUUGUUUGAGGACUCUGUUGAGGCAUGGGUUCAGAUAGCUUGUCCAAGGCUCUCCAUUGAUUGGGGCGAGGCUUUCACAAAGCCGCUUCUGACGUCGUUUGAGGCAGACAUUGCUCUGGGCUCCAUUCCCGGUUGGUGGGAGAAGAAGAAGAAGAAUGAUUCCGGUUGCUGUGGAGGGAGAGAAAGCUCGAACUCUUCCUCUUGUGGCAGCUGCUGCGAUAAUGGAGGAGAAGAGAAUUAUCCCAUGGAUUACUAUGCUCAAGAUGGAGGAGAAUGGAAUUCCUCUUAUGUCAAAACGACAUUAAGACCUCUUAGGAAAAGACUAGUUUGAUGUCGUUUUGAUUGCAAACAUUAAAUUUGUUUUGUUUUGUGUGAUUUUUAUUUGAUUAGAUGCAUUUUUGUGACAAGUAAUUGAUAUUAUUGAUAGACCCAUUUUUGUUACGGGAACUGAUCUGAACCAUAUAGGAAUAGGAUAGAAGAAGACACUGUUUGGUUGGUUUUAAUCAAAUGUGUUAUUCACAGACUUUUCCUACAUCCAAUGAAAGAUACAACACUUAAUAAAAAGUACUAUAUUCUCUUACAAA